AUGGGUGAUUCGACCAUCAAUAUCCACACACAACGCGAGAACCUUCUCUUCCAACCAGUCCACUUCCCUUCAGCAACUUGCAAAGUCGAAGAUGUAGUCACCAGAGAAGUUGGAGAAGAGAUUGUACUACACGGGUAUCUAGGCACUCAGCGACAAGCUGGUAGGAACCUGCUAUUUGCUGAACUCCGGAGCACAACCCUGUCACAUUCCAUUCAACUGGUAGCCUCAAACAAGACCAGCUCAGAGGAGAGGAGUGUCUUCGAGAAGCUCAGCGGGUUGAAUAUCGAGACGCCGGUGGCUAUCGAGGGUAAGAUCAAGACUCGCAAAGCCAAGGCAUCCUCGUCCAAGGUGGAAGAAGGAGCCGUGCAGCAAGUAACAGAGGUCGAAAUUGAAUUGGCCAAGGUAUCGCCGCUCAACCACUUUCCCAAGGACAUCAUGGUCACCCAAGACUCGGUCUUUUCUGCAGAGCAGAGACAUCUGCAACUACGAAUGGAAAAGUCGCUCCGAGAUGCUCUCGCUUUUAGGAGCAAAGCAGCCAGCAUACUGCGCACAGAACUUUGCGAGGGCAAAGAAUUUGUCGAGAUCGAGACACCUUUGUUAUUCAAGUCAACCCCAGAGGGCGCUCGCGAGUUCUUGGUACCCACCCGCACACCUGGUCUUGCAUACGCCUUGCCUCAAAGCCCCCAGCAGUACAAGCAGAUUCUGAUGGCAAGUGGCAUUCCACGCUAUGUGCAAUUUGCUAAGUGCUUUCGCGACGAAGACCUUCGUGCUGACAGACAGCCCGAAUUUACACAAGUCGAUCUGGAAAUGUCUUUCGCAACUGGAGAGGAUGUGAUGAACACAGUAGAGUCUGUUGUGAAGACACUCUGGCAGAAGCUGCUUGGUAUCUCUCACCAAGAGCCUUUUCCGCGACUUUCAUACGAAGAUGCCAUGUCGAACUAUGGCUCUGACAAGCCUGACGUUCGUCUGGGAUCCAAGAUUUCCCGCGUCGAGUACAUGCUACCUGUGGACCUUAUCCGCAAGAUCGGUCCUCUGCAUGAUCCUAUCGUUGAGAUGCUGAAGAUUCCUAUCUCGGCAGACGCAAAAGAGACCCGUGGAUUUGUGACUAAAUUCAUGGACUCGUCAGAAGCUAAGCCUUUCAACGAGAACCCAGAAGGCCAACCUGGCAUCUUCAUCUGUGAUCCUCGCAAACCACUUUCGGGACUUUCGGUAUUCGGCUUCGAAGCUGCAGAGACGAUAGAGGAAACACUGGACCUCGAAGAAGGAGAUUUAGUCGUCCUUCAAGCUCGCAAGAAUGCACCUCAUGCAGGUGGCUCAACACCACUUGGGAAUUUGCGUCUGGCUUUACACAAGUUUGCUGUACAACACAACUAUAUGCCUGUUCCUCAAGGAUUCGAGUUCCUCUGGAUCACUGACUUCCCAUUGUUCUCGCCUUCUGUGGCGAACGAGCCUGGACAGGGCGGUGCUGCGGGUUUCAGCUCUACCCAUCAUCCUUUCACCGCACCGAAGACAGCUGAAGAUGUGGAUCUACUACUUACCGACCCCGCUGCCGUCAAGGCCGAGCACUACGACUUGGUGGUCAACGGAGUCGAGCUUGGAGGCGGCAGUCGCAGAAUUCACUCAGCAGCCAUGCAGCAAUUCGUUCUGCGUGAGGUCUUGAAGAUGAGCGAGGAAAGACUCAAGGACUUUGAUCAUCUCAUCGAGGUUUUAAGAGCAGGAUGUCCGCCACAUGCCGGUAUGGCAUUGGGGUUCGAUAGACUCAUCGCAGUCAUGCUUGGAAAGGAAAGUGUCAGAGAUGUGAUUGCUUUCCCCAAAAGCGGACGCGGUGAAGAUCUGCUCGUCAAGAGUCCAACACGCAUGACUGAGGAUCAACUCAAGACGUACCACUUGAAGCUUAGAGAAUAA